AUGGCAUUUGCAGGACCAACACAGAAAUGUAUGGCAUGUGAAAAGACAGUGUUUCUUGUUGAUAAAUUAACUGCAGACAAUAGAGUCUAUCAUAAAGCUUGUUUCAGAUGCCAUCACUGCAAGGGUACUCUCAAGCUUAGCAACUAUAAUUCCUUUGAUGGAGUUCUCUACUGUAGACCUCACUUUGAUCAGCUCUUUAAAAGAACUAGAAGUCUGGACAAAAGCUUUGAAGGGACACCAAAAAUUCUGAAGCCAGAGAAAGAUGAGAAACCACAGGCAGCUAAAGUUUCAAGCAUGUUUGUUGGAACAAGGGAGAAAUGUUUUGGCUGCAAGAAUACUGUCUAUCCAACAGAAAAGGUAUCAGUGAAUGCAACAGUUGAUCGAGCAAAUUCCGGGGCUGUCAAUACCAAGGUUACAGGAGAAAAAAACAAACAGGUGAUCAACCAAGAUGACCAAGCUGCUGAAUUAGAUGCAAGAACAAAAACUUAUGAAAUUAGGCAGCAAUCCACACUAUCCAAACGCAAGAUCCAGUAUCUUACCUAUUUUAUGGCUUAG